GGGUAAAUUUGAAACGCAACUCUUCCAGACGCUAACGUUGGCAACACAUCCGGUAAACCUGAUCGGACAAACCGGUGCGGAGCUUUUGUUCCCCGUGAAAAUCUUUUAUCGAGCUUUUAUCAGGCGGUUCCACACAAGGCUGGACAACUACAUAUAUACGACAUGGAGAUUGCUGUGAUGAGUCUUCACAGCGUUUUUGAACAUCUUCGAGCACAAGCUGAAGUGCUCAAUGAGAGUAUUGAACCCCAGUUCAUUCAGAUGGCCAUGAACUUUGAAGACUCCCGUCGAAGAUGGUUGCGACUCGAGCAGGAACUGAUCGGUUGUAAAGAGGUGGUCGCCAAGGCUGAGACGGAGAAAGGUGCGCUGGAGGUCAAGCUCAAACACGCUCGCAACCAAGUGGAUGUGGAGAUCCGUCGGAGACAGAAAGCUGAGGCUGACUGUGCCAAACUGGAUCGUCAGAUCCAGCUUAUUCGAGAGCUGCUGGUGUCAGAAGGUUCUAGCAGCAGCAUUCAGUUAAAUGAGGAACAGCGCUCAGCUUUGGCAUUUUUAAAUGCCCGUUCCCAGAAUCCCCCAAACCUCAACACUAGCAGACGAUUGACCACCAUUGAUGAAUCCGCCUCCAUUCUGUCAGACAUCAGCUAUGAUAAAACCGAUGAUUCUUUGGACUGGGACUCAUCUGCAAUUAGAACCGUUCGUCUCAAGAAGCGGCAAAAGAGACGUUCCUCCCGGAAUCUCACAGAUGGUCCCCCUGCCGUUGCCAAGAGGUCCCGUUCCACAGGCCGGACCUCUGAGAAAGGUAACGAGUCUGUUGUUGCCAAGACCACUGUGACGGUGCCCUCAGAUGGAGGUCCCAUUGAGGCUGUCACCACUGUGGAAGCGGUUCCCUACUGGACCAGGAGCAGACGAAAGACCGCUGCUAUGGAGUGGGACACUGCUGAUACCGAUUCUGUUCAGUCUAUGGAUGUGUUCAAGCAGCCGAACGGACAGCACAAAGCCGAACCCAGCACUCCCCAGGGCAACGGAGGCAUGCGUCUACAUGAGUUUGUCUCCAAAACGGUGAUCAAGCCAGAGUCUUGUGUGCCAUGUGGCAAGAGAAUCAAAUUCGGGAAGAUCUCUCUAAAGUGCAGGGACUGUCGCGUGGUCGCCCACCCCGAGUGUCGGGAACGCUGCCCCUUGCCCUGCAUUCCAAAUAUGGCUGGGACUCCAGUCAAAAGUGAAGAGGGUACCCUGGCAAACUUCGUGUCCAACACAUCUCCCAUGAUUCCCUCACUAGUGGUGCACUGCGUGAAUGAGAUCGAGCAGAGAGGCCUGCAUGAGACCGGUCUGUACAGAGUGUCCGGCUCCGAUCGAGUGGUCAAGGAACUUAAAGAGAAGUUCCUGCGUGGGAAGAACGUUCCUCUGCUCAGCAAGGUGGAAGACAUACACGCCAUCACAGGGCUCCUCAAGGACUUCUUGCGGAACCUCAAAGAGCCUCUGCUGACCUUCCGCCUCAACCGUGCCUUCAUGGAUGCUGCUGAGGUGCCCGAUGAUGACAAUAGCAUUGCGUUGAUGUAUCAGCGCAUCAGCGAUUUGCCACAGCCUAACCGAGACACUCUGGCUUUCCUCAUCAUCCACCUGCAAAGAGUGGCACAGAGCCACGACACAAAGAUGGACGGCUACAAUUUGGCUCGUGUGUUCGGGCCCACAAUUGUAGGUCAUGCUGUGCCAGAUCCGGAACCCAUGACCAUCUUGCAGGACACAAAACGGCAGCCAAAAGUGGUUGAGCGUCUUUUGGGUCUGCCUGUGGAAUACUGGAGUCAGUUCAUGAUCAGUGAGAACGAGCGAGGUCACAAUAACCACAUGGUUUUCGAGAACGCCAACGUUCAUGCAACACCUGACCACAAAAUGAGUAUGUUUGGGCCCGUUACGACCCCUGACCAGCAGAUGAGCAAGACUCCAUCAACCAGCUCGCUCUCCCAGCGCAUGAAGAACGCAACUCUCAACGCAAUCACUCCCAAAUUCGGCAGCAGAAGCAGAGCUGCCGCCAGCGUUCCUCGCCAGGGAAACUUCUUCGCCUCGCCCCUGCUGAAGUAGCACGGGAGCGCAUUAGCUCUCAAGUUUUCUUUUCAUUGGGAAACAGUUGCAAUAUAUAUUAUAUAACGUUGUCCAAGCAUGUUUUGUAUUUGAUUUGUUCUUACGCUACUGGUUUUAUCUGUAUAUGCUACAUUGUUUUUUAGUCGGUUUUAAAUGUCCUGUUAACAUACAAAAAACCAAAGGGAUGGGCUGAGCGAUCCACAAAACUUUAUGAAAAGUUAUUCAUUCCGUCAGUUUGGGAGUUCUUUAUCAAGAAACCCAAAUCUGAUGAGUUAAUGGUAUACUAACUACGAAGUUGUGUUUAGUGUAAUCCGCAACUGUAUGUUCAUGCUUUACAUGAAACGGCAAGACAAAUCUCUUAAAUGGAUCAAGAUUUGAUCAAAUUUGACAUUUAGUUUGUUUUUAACCAGGUCAAACUUUUUUUGAUUCUGGGAAGUAAGAUAAAAAAUUGAAAGGAUUAUCUAGUUCAGCAUGCAGAAACACUACUGAUUGUUGCGACUGUCUUUAAGUUUCAUGAUCGUCUAUAAAUGUUAAUGUUUUACAAGAUUCUUCUGUUCAUAGAUCUUAGAAACCAAUACUGAUUGGACAGUUUUCAUGUAUGUUCAUGUCGUUUAUUCGCAGCAUUGGUACUCCAGAAUUAGUAAGAGUUUGGGGAGAUUCUGCUUGUGUGCAGCACAGAUCUGUCAGGACUUUUAUUGAUUCAAAAGGGCAACCUUUAACCAAGUGGAACAUCGAGUGAGGUUGAUUUAUCACUUCCAAUUUCUUUUCAGUUUGAGUGGUGUGAUACUUUGUAAGACUUGUGCUUUUAUGGUAUAAUACAGUCAUCUAUUCCAAGU